UACAAAAGAUUAUGAGAACUGUCGUUCCCAGGUUUAGAGAGAAAAUCACAACCCUUGAAAGUUUCCAAAUAGUGGCGUCGUUGGAUGUUGAUGAACUUCUUGGAGAGCUCACGACGUUUGAAAUCAACAACAAUUAUGACAAAGUCAUAAGUAAGGGCUUAGCUCUCAAAGCUGCUGUAGUCGAGGAAAGAGAAGAAAGCGAUGACGAUGAAGGUCCGUUGGCAGAUGAUAGUGAGCUGAAAGAAGCACUAACUCUAAUCGCGCGAAACUAUGAGAAGAUGAGUCAAAGGCUGUACAAGAACAAAUUUGCUGGAAAAAAGGGGAACAACUUCAGCAAGAAUGUGCUGCAGGACAAGAAAAGUAGUAUACCUCUCUCAAAAUUCGAUUCACAACGAGUUGUGAAGGAUCAAUGCAGACAGUGUCAAGGCCUUGGACACUUCCAGUAUGAGUGUGUUAAUCUUAAGAAGAAGAAUAAGUCACUGAAGGCAACCUGGGAAAAUUCAGAUGAAGAAGGCACAGACGAACCUUCUUUGCACACAAGCAAUUUGGCAGUUCAUGCCUCAGUCAAGAAGUUCAUGUGUCUCACCACUUCUCAUGCUCCGACCAAGUUUGAAGAAAGUUUAAAAGAAACUGAAGCAUCUGAAGCUGAAGCAUAUCAAAAUGUGUGUGUAGAUCCAGUACACUUACUUGCUACGGAAAAAUGUGCUCAAGCAUAUGAAGCUCUACAAAAGCUUCAAAAUGAAGUGUUUAGACUUUUAAGAGCAAACAGGGUGCUGAACGAACAAGCAUCCGCUUCUACUGCUACUAAAGAGUGUGAACUGAAUACUGCAAAGGCUCGAACCUGCAUCCUUGAGACCAGU